UCGUACAGGAAAUCUCUCAGAAAUCAUUUGUCGCUGAAACGACAUCAAAUUGACUGCCGAAAUUAAGACGAAGAAAUGGGUGACGUUUCAGGUCGAGACGACCCGUAAUGUCACCCGUUCCUUCUCUCCAACGAUGCGGCCUGUCCCGCUGAGUUACUCCAGCAUUCUGUGUGUAUCUGAAGUUCUGUAGGCAGGCUCCUCCUAUCCUGACGUCAGGAUAACCUGAGACGCUAGUUGCCAUGGAAGCUGGCAAGAGGCGAAGGUGCUGGAAGAUGGUGGUUUCUAUGUAGACGUUUGCAUCCGUAAACUUUACACUGACUGGCCCCGGAUCGGCAAAAAAAAAGUUAACAUGUGUUAUCGCCUUUGAAGAAAGGAUUUGGCGCAAUCCACGACCCUGCAGCGCGGACCGCCCCUGCUGUGUGUGUGUGUGUGUGUGUGUCGGGCUGUCCUGGGCUGUGUGUGUGUGUGUGUGUGUGUGUGUGUGUGUGUGUGUGUGUGUCGGGCUGCCCCGGACUCUGUUUGUUGGUUUGGCCGCUUGGCCUGGUGCCCCUCUCGGAUUCGCCGCAGGGAACUGGAAGAAUUUCUUUCAGGAAAACAAAACAGGAUGAAUAACGGCGUCCUGUACGCCCCUCCAGUCAGCAGGGACCGAGUGAUCGCCAGAUUCCCCGAGUGUUAUAGACCUGAGGCCUGUCUCCAGCUCAAAGAUCAUUUCAACGUUGAAGUUAAAUAUGCCUGCAAAGGACGACAAACCAGAAAUGCUGGACUUAAAAUAUCAAAGGUGGUGGUAGUCGGGGAUCUUUAUGUGGGAAAGACAAGCAUGAUCAAUAGGUUUUGUAAAGAUCUGUUUGACCGAGACUACAAGGCCACAAUUGGGGUUGAUUUUGAAAUUGAGAGGUUUGAAAUUGCUGGAGUUCCAUUCAACCUUCAAAUCUGGGACACAGCUGGGCAGGAGAAGUUCAAGUGCAUUGCCUCUGCCUAUUAUAGAUGUGCUGAAGUCAUUAUAAUAGCCUUUGACCUGGCUGACAUACAGACCCUGGAGCACACAAAGCAGUGGCUAAAGGAUGCAAUGAAAGACAAUGAUCCAGGUUUAAGUUCUAUAUUUCUAGUUGGAUCGAAGAAAGAUUUAUUGUCACAGGCAGAAUGUGAAAGAACAGAAGCUGAUGCCAUUAAAAUAGCUACUGAGAUGCAAGCAGAGUAUUGGUCUGUGUCUUCUAAGACAGGUGAAAAUGUGAGGGAAUUCUUCUUCAGAGUAGCUGCCCUGGCAUUUGAAGCAUCUUUGCUGAAAGAUUUGAAAAAAAAAGACUGUUCCUUAGCGAAGAUUGGCGAGGGAAACACCAUCUGCAUUGAAAGAGCCACAACUGAACACUUGGAAAACACACCAAACUCCACCACUGGCUGCUGCUGAAGUUCAAUCACCAACCUUUUGCGAAGUUGAAUCACUCACUAUGUGACUUGCAAACUGCGUUGGCAAAUACAGGAUUUCAAGAUGUAAAGAAUAUAUGCAAUCUGUUAUCAGGUCUGGACGUGCAUUACUUGUGAUUUAUAUAAAUGGAAAAAUACGGGGAUGACUGGAAACUUUAGAAACCAAAUUGGAUGUUCUGAAAUAAUAAUCCUAGAUGGCCUUUUUGAAAGAAAAAAGUAAGCAAUAGCAUCAAUGUAACUACAUUAUAAAGACAUGCAAGGUAAAGAAUCUAAGCAGUAGUCAGCACUAAUAAUCAGUCCUUUACUAAUAUGGAAUAGGAAUUAUUCAGUUACCAGCCUUCUCAUGUCAAAAGCCUUUUCUAUGUGAUCUGAUGUCUAUAAUAAAGAAACAUCAUUGAAUUUGUUUAUUUUCUGAAAUAGUAACAAAUUAGCAAAAUAACUAAAGAUUUUCAACGUUUUGAUGUGUAAUCUUUGUGAAAGUAUUGUUACUAAUCUUUGACAAGGUAGUUCUAAUGGUCAAGACCAAAAAAAUAAUUCUCUGAGAACGGGGA